UUAAGAAAACGACUCUCUAUCCAUUUAUUCUAAUUAGAAGUUAAUUUUGAUAAAUCAGCCGAUAAUUCGCUCUAUCAGCUUCAGUCAUGAACAGCUUCUUGUUUACUGCUUCAUCACUUUCAGCACCGGACAGCUCCCUCGACGCGCCACCAAACACACUGCGCCGUGAUUGACAGAGUGUGCAGCCAUACGCGGAUCAAUGGCGCCUCCGGAGCCCUAUGAGAUGAGGAAGAAGACGGGCUUUAAGAACAACCAGCUCCUGAUGCAUCGCUCCGUGGCCUCUGUAGGCCUACUUAAUGCUUGUAGUGGUCGGAAGAGGGCGGAGUGCGUUUGUCAUCCAAGUGAGAGGCUCCACUGACUGGUGCCUCCACACAAAAAAAAAUAUAUAAAUAUAAUCACAACCUGCCCCCUUACCCCUCCCUUCCUCCUCGUUUUGAUUCAGUCUGUGUAGCCUACACGCAGGAGGAGAGCAUCCGCCGCACAGCAGAGCCAAGACAGUCUUGUCUACAGAGAGAGAAAGAGAGGUGGGGAAAACAGCUGCAAGCGGAUUCUCACCAUCAACAAGCUGUAUGAGGAAUCUUUGAAACAGAAGAAGAGAUUGAGCGAGGGGAUUUCUUACGCUUUCCCCCCUCCUCCUCCUCCUCCUCCGCUUUUUGAUCCAAAGAACAGAGGCGUGGAGCUUGCAAGAAUAUCCUACAAGUGGUGAAGCGAUGCUUUAGCGGAGCAGAUUGUUUUUCUCCACAACACGCCCGCCCAAACGACACUGUAAUUCCGAGUAGCAAAACAUCUGUGGACGCUUUCUGCAGGGGAGAUGGCUGUUUUCCGGCUGUCGCUGCUGCUGCAAGUGGGAUUUGUGAUCGGAUCAAACCACAGAUACGCGGAAUGGUCAGCACAUGGGAGAGAUAUCAGGGCACGGGAGGAGAUUCACGGCGCUCAGACGCACCGUCGGCAGCUGGCGCAUCUCCGCGCGUCCCACCGUCCACCCGGGGAGACGGCAGAGCCAUCCCCGCAGAAAAUCGAGGAGCAUCUCCCCAGGGUGGUCACGGCUUUUCUUCACACGGGAGACUCGACCACCUUAAAGCACGCCAACUGCUCGCGGAGAUAUGAGCUCACCUCUCUGCGGGGAAGGUCACAAAGCGCCCCGCAUUACUCCAUGAGCGGCGUGCUGGAUACGGUGCUGCACGCCUCAAACUUCCUCAGCAUGAUCCUGCAAGCCAACAGGUCCAGGGAGCACAGUCUCCGGCGAGACAUUGAGUGGUACCACGCUUUAGUGAGGAGCAUCCUGGAGGGAGACGCGAAGAUUCACCGGGCUGUAGUCACUUUCAACGCGGGCUCAGCCGUGUCAGAGGCCACGGUUCUGCUCCAAGCCACCAGGGCUGGGGGGGAGAUAGUCCUCCAAGACCUCUCCAGCGUUGCCCACCACCACCUGCACAACCGCACGGCAGAAACAGAGUGGUACCACGAUGUCAAAGACAGAAAGAAGCCCAGUUCCAGUAAAAAAGUGCUGAGCCAAGGUUUAAAACCAGCAGACAAUGCUUUAAAGAAAGGAGAGAGUUUCAUCCCAGAUAAGACGCAUGUCAAAUGGUCUGCGCCCUACCUGGAGUGUGAAAAUGGGAAUUUUGUUCCACGUUGGCUUUUGACCUUAUCGGCUGCUUUCUAUGGCCUGAAGCCCAACCUGGCUCCUGAAUUCAGGGGCGUGGUGCGCGUUGACAUUAAUCUACAGGAUGUUGAUAUCGACCAGUGCUCCGCUGAUGGCUGGUUUGCUGGAAGUCAUCGAUGCAACCUGUCCACUAUGGAGUGUAUGCCGAUCCAUGGUCAUGGGUUUGUCCUGGACAAGUACAAGUGCCAAUGCAAGAAAGGUUUCUACCACCCAAGCAGAGUCGCUGUCAACAGUUUCUCGAGGAUGGGGAGAAAGGGAAAAGCCGCAGAUAGCGGUCCCAAUGCGGACGAGGGCUCCUCCAGCGACUGCCUGCCGUGCCAGCAGGGCUGCGCCUACUGCAAGGACGACACCCCUUGUGUGGCCCGAGAGGACGGAGCCCUCCGCAUGGCCGUGCUCUCCUUCCAGUGCCUCUGCCUGCUGAUCGUCUUUGUCAGCAUGGUGGUCGUCUACCACUUUCGCAGGAAUAAGAGUAUCAGAGCAUCGGGUCUAGUUCUACUGGAGGCCAUCCUGUGUGGAGCUCUGCUUCUCUACUUUCCGGUUGGGAUUCUCUAUUUCCAGCCGAGUGUUUUCCGCUGCAUCCUGCUGCGCUGGGUUCGACUGCUGGGUUUUGCCACCGUCUACGGGACUUUGACUCUCAAGUUGUACAGGGUGCUGAAAGUGUUCCUGUCCCGUACAGCCCAGAGGAUCCCCUAUUUGACCAGCUGGCGAGUGCUGCGUCUGCUGGGCAUCAUCCUGCUCAUCGUCUGCUGGUUCCUGGUGGCCUGGACAUCUGCCGUCUGUCAGAACCCGGACAGAAAGUUGGCUCUCAUCGACGUGGGCUACACGCCCAACGGGCUGCAGUUCAGCAUGUGCCUGCUGGAUCGCUGGGACUACAUGAUGGCUGUUGCUGAGUUCCUCUUCCUGCUGUGGGCGGUGUACCUGUGUUACGCCGUGAGGACGGUGCCAUCGGCGUUUCACGAGCCUCGCUACAUGGCCAUCGCUGUUCACAAUGAACUUGUCCUGUCAGCGAUAUUCUACGUCAUCAGGUUCAUUCUUGCUCCAGAGCUCCACCCAGACUGGAUGCUACUACUGUUCUUCACCCACACCCACCUAACAGUAACAGUGACACUGGGUCUACUUCUCAUCCCUAAGUUCCUGUUUGGAGGGACCCACGCGAGAGACGAUAUAGCCUCUGAGGCCUAUGAGGACGAGCUGGACAUGGGUCGUUCUGGGUCGUAUCUGAAUAGCAGCAUCACGUCAGCGUGGAGUGAACACAGUCUGGAUCCUGAGGACAUUCGGGAGGAGCUGAAGAAACUCUACUCCCAGUUGGAGAUUUACAAGAGGAAGAAGAUGCUGGCAAACAACCCUCAUCUCCAGAAGAAGCGGAGCUCCAAGAAAGGUUUGGGUCGGUCGCUGAUGAGGCGCAUCACUGAGAUCCCAGAAUCGGUGCACCGGCAAUGCAGCCGUGAAGACAAGGACGUUGGGGAACACGGUAGUAACCGUAACAGCAUCUGCAUGUUGAAGAAGAACCCCUUUGAUCAGACUCACCCAGGAAAGCCACCAAAGGAGGAGACGCUGAAGAACAAGGUUUUUUCCCUCAAGAAAUCCCACAGCAGCUACGACCAUGUUCGUGACCAGAGUGAAGACUCCAACAGUUCAGCAACUGACAAGAUGGAGGUGGCCACAGCCGAAGGUUCUCUCCUGGAUACACUGAUGGGCAAGAAGUUGGUCAAGAAGAAGUCCGAUGAGAAUUUAAAUGCCCCCAGUGAGUCUACGGAAUCAGUUCCUUUGGUCUGCAAGUCAGCAAGCGCCCAUAAUCUCACUGCAGACAAGAAACCAAUUCCUUCCAAAGCCUCAAUGCUGCAGAAGUCUCUCAGUGUCAUAGCCAGCGCCAAAGAGAAGACUUUGGGUUUGACCGGAAAGAGCCAGAGCCCAGAGGAGAGCAAUAGGAAGAGUCAGCCAAAGAUCAAAGACGCAAGGGUCAAUGAAGAGCCAGAAAAUGAAUGCCAACCCAAGAUGAUUAUCAGCCAGUCGGUCGAGUACAAACAGACUGCGACAAAAGGCAGGAUCAUGAAGCAGCCGGUGAGUGGCAGCCAGCCUACCAUCUGUUCAGAUCCUGCCAAGGGAAAAGACCUCUAUGAUCUCUCUGAAGUGUGUCCCUGGGAAGUGGAGGAUCUUCCAACUCCGUCUGAGAACAAGGUCCAAAAGCAUGUCUCAAUUGCACCAGAAGAAACCACAACAGUUCAUGGAGGUAGCACCAAGGGAGGCAAGUCUCAGCAGCAGAAGCAGAAAUCUUCAGAUCAAUCUCCGACGAGUGGAAGACCCUCGAAAGAUAUUCAGAGAACAACAGCAGUACGAGCGGAUGUAUGUCCUUGGGAAGAUGGGAGUGACAUUCAAGGGGGUCGAGAAGGAGGCUCAAAGCUGCAACCAACAAGUCAGGCUAGCAAAUCUGCAAAGACCCAGCAGCCUAAUUCUUCAACAGAGAGCACCAAAACAUAUCAGGCAGAGGUUUGUCCAUGGGACUUUGAAGAGCCGCAAAAGACAACAGAGGUAGCUCGUUCACCGGAUUUGACGAAAAAAAUAAAAGACACCUCUCCUGUGGAUGGGAAAGGGAGAAGUAUCCUUUCAGAAUCAUCCAAAACAGGAGUCUCUCUCCAGCUACCAACUGCAAAAGUUGAAGUAUGUCCUUGGGACUACGACAGUACUACAGAAUCUCCAAAUUCUGGACAGAGGACACCCAGUCCAUCUCGGGCGUCCAAAACCAAGGAAUCCCCUUCGAAAAAGAAGGGUUCCACUUCCACAAGAACAGUUGAGAAAGAGAAAUCAAAAGACGCUGAUGAUGAGAAAAGUAGAACAAAAGCUAAGGAGAAGAGUAAGUCUUCAGAGAAACACAUGAGCCAACACAAAAUGGUUGAGGUAUGCCCAUGGGAUGUAGAGAGUCAAGAGGACGUGCAGGUGGUAGAAAAAAGGAGAAGUGCGAAUGUUGGCGCGGCCAAAGCAAAGCCUGUGGAAGUCUGUCCUUGGGAUUUUGAGGAUACGUCAGAUAAAAAAGGUACAGACAAAAGUGCUUCUGCAGUGAAACAGAGCAGUCCAAAUCCUAAAGGUGGGGCUGUGAGUGCUGCUAAAAAGGCGGAUGUUUGUCCCUGGGACUUUGACGACAGCACGUCGGGCAAGAAGGCAUGACACUAAACCUAAAUGGACCACUGAGAUUAUACUUAUAGAUGUAUACUUUUUUCAGUUUGAAAUUGUUCAAUAUAAUCUCUUACUAUUAGCGCGGUGACUCGGAAGAAAAGUUGAUCAAGUUCCACAAGUUGCCUUCUUUCCGAGAUAUUUGUUCAUGUUUUACCUAUUUUGAAAAUAUGUAAAAUGUACAACAACAACAACAAAAACAAGUCAAGAUGAGCAUUCCAGAUUAUUGCAGGAAAUCCUGAAGUUAAAUCUUAGACAAAUUAUGCAACUUUUGAUUCAGUCUUUUCACCUCAUAAGCAAUUUUGGAAAUUUGCAGUUAAGUUAUUCUGUAUUCAGUUCUUACAUUGUUUUAUGUGUGUGCAUAAGCAUAAUCACUUAAUGGACUAGGGUAUGACAUGGCAAUAGAAAGUGUUUGGAUAAAAUAGGAUGACAUUUAGAUUUAUGUGCAAAACAGCAAAAGUGAAAGCCAAAGAUUAAGUGAAUAUUUGCAAAGAAAGCGGUUGGUUUAUAGUUAAUUUAAUAAUUUGUAUCCAACUCUUGGCAUUGAAAGAAGAACUCAGUGAGGAAAUAAGUCUAUUGCACUUUAGCCAAAUCCAUCAAUUAAGAGGACAAACUAUUUUCUUUUUGUUCAUUUCAUGUCUUCUUUAUUUUAAUCACAGCAUGUUACAGGAUAUCAAAACACCGACCAAACAUGACAUGUUUUUAUUCUUUUGGUUAGAUCUAUUUAAUUGUAGUUCUCGGCAGAUUAAAAUGCUUCCAAGUCUGCAGAGAAGAACUGUAUGUGCCUAACUAACUAGCAUUGUCUUGUACCAGUCUGAAGUGAAGCAAGUGGUUUCUUCUUCAGCAUUUUGUGACAGUGAAUUAUAUAAACAGCAUGCACAGCCAGGUAUUGAGAGUAGCUGGAUCAGAACAUUUUUUUAAACUUAAGCAGUUCAUGUUUUGACAAGAAUCUGAUGUUGUUUUUAAUUCCUUUUUUUUUAGUUCAGAGGCACUCAUUUUCCUGCUUUCAUAUUUCCACAUGCUUCGUCUGGGUUGUAAGCGUUAUAUAGGAGCAGCUUUAACAUGAAUGUGUGUCAAAUCCUCUCAUAUGUACGAUGUAAAAAGUAAGGAAAUAAUUUGCACCAGCUUUAUUUAUGUAUCCAGCAUGGGUCUUUGUGUUGACUUGCACCAAAAUGUGUGUUUCCGUGUGUCUGUGUACACAAAAUUAUUAAUUUCCAGUAAAAAUGUCGUGCAGUACCUGAAGAAUUGAUCUCAUAAAUGAUAAAAGCCCUGGCAGUGGGUUCAACAUGUCUCAAACACAAACUAAAUCAGUCAACAGGUCAACAAAUUAACUCAACAAAUAGCUGUUUGAACCCGUUCCUACCUAACAAGCUCUUCUUAGUUGAUACUUCCAACCAAGGGAAUCAGCUGUUAAUGACCACAACAAAAAAAAAGCUUGACUUAUUGAAGGUAUUGUUGGCAAUUCAAAGAUCUGGAAAGUCCCAUUGUAAUGUACCUUCGAGAGUAACUACUGCCGUGUUGUUCAGACAUUUGAAAUGCUUUAAAGGAAGAGAAAAAAAAACUGUUAUUUUGAUGAAAAAAUAGUCAGAUAAUGUUUUAUUUAAAUAUAUUUGGCAGAUUAAUGAACAUAUAACACAGGAAAGCUGGAUUAAAGCCAGGAAAAAGGUAUUUUUUUAUUUAAUGGGGACUUGAACUGGUUAAAACAUUUUGCUGAUUUGCUAGAUAACUUGGUCUUAAAUUUAGGUCGUAUAUAGGAGCUGGACUUGGCCACUAGGAAGUCACCCAUUGGUUUAUGAAUGUUCAUUUUGGAGGCCUCCAAUUGGACAUUACGGCCACCACCAUCUUGGUAUUUUAGAUCCAGAAGUGAUCAUAUAUGGACAAACGCGGAGAUAUACACAGCUACGUCUCUCUCUUGGUUGAAACGCUUUUGUGUCAAACACAUGAAGCCACGCCUUAAAGCAAACCUCCCUCAAUUUUACCCUCAAUUGCACCAUAAUAAGAGGUCAUAUUGAAGAGGAUUUUAAAGUAACAAAUGAGACCUCACACUCACAGGGGAAGUGCUCAAUUUCUAAUCUGGUCCUGCAUGAAGGGAGUUAUUUUUCUAACCAAUGGAGUCGCCCCCUGCUGGUCAGUAGAAAGAAUGCAGGUUUAAGGCUCUUCUGCGUUGGGUUCACUUUUUAAGAGGCUACUUCCACUCCUAUACACAGUCAAGUGCUAAAUCUGAGACAAGUCACAGGUCCUGACUUGUCAGACUUUGUUGUAUUUAUUUUGUCUCGUUUACAGAUCUUCAGGAAAAAAGGGAUUUUUUUUUCAACCAAUAACAAAUUAUUCACGACUAUUUAUUUUUAAUAAAACUGUAAUUAUACUGCCAUUAUGUGAUGUCAGUGUAGUGCUCAAUCUCUUUGUUUUCAUGUCCGUAUUGAGGGUUUUCAAAUUGUGUAAUGCAUGUUUCUUUCAGUUUAAAACUUAAGCCCAGUUGAUUGAUAAAGCUGAUCAUUAUAGAACUAUAGGCUCUGCGAUGUGGCUGUCAGUUAAUAAUCAGACUGAACCUUUGAAAGGUUUUAUUUGUUCAGUGUUUUGUAUCAAAAUGUUGAAAUAUUCAUCAUGCACUAUCCAUCCUGGGAUUACAGCAACAAAAAAAAAGAACUCUCCCUCUUAUAUUUAACUGUUGAACAGACGACAUUAUCACAGUUUGUGAGGAAACCUAUGUAUCAAUAUAGCAUCUACAGCAGAUUACAGUAUAUUGUGAGAAUAACACGGUAUCACUGAAUGUUGUCACUGAUUGUUAUUAUCUAUAAUUGCUGUCAAAUUCUUAAAUAUCCAAACUCAGCAGGACUUAUUACUAAUUGUGGUUUUGAAAAAAAAAAAUCCUUCUUGUGAGUGAGAAUUUUCCAAAGUCUUAAUAUAGUCGCUAAGUUUGUUUGGCACAAGUCAAAUCAAAAUAAUCCAAUGUGUAGCUAAUUGUGUUAGUCGUGCAACAAGACUCUAUACAGCUAAGCUCUAUAAACAGGAUUUAGAUGCUACGUCUUAUACCUUCGGAGGAGUUAUGUCAGCCGUUCACCUGUGGGUGCCUCGCAUGAAAUAUUUCAAACGUGGAGUGUGUUUUUGCCUGACGGCGUGAGAUUUGUCAGCACCUCCGCUUUAUGAGCUCCUUUAGGGACGGUGUCUGAGGGAAGACUGUCAGCGUGCAUGGAUUGAUUGUAAUGCUUUGAUGGAUCUAUUCGAUAUUUAUGAACCAGAUGUUAGACGUCAUCCAUCAUCUGCAUUGUGGUACUGUGUGCACGAUCAUAUCACACCAUGGGGUGGGGUG